AUGACCCAGGGUUGCGACUGGGAAAUGCGAGUUGCGGAGGCUCCCGGACAACCAGGGUCACGCCGAGAGGCCGGAGGGGGCUCCAGGCAGCCUGGAGCUGACGGCGCCGGGCUGUGUCCUCUUCACCUGGGGGUGGGGGGUGGGCGCACGUACUUUGUUUGUGACCCGGCUGGUGCCGAGCCCCCUCUACCGUGGGAGCUGCAGGGGUGCGGGGGUGUGAGUGGCGCUCCGCGGACUCGCGUCUAUAGUACAGAGGACAUUCAGGGUUCGGCCAGGGGGCGGCUGCACCGGGGCCUGCCUCGUGGACCUGGACUCGGGACUCCGGGCGGCCCUGCCCGGUGCCAUUGCCUCAGCCACGUCUCCCACCUCUCUGCUCGGUUUCCCGCCCCACCUUUCCCUUACUCCCGCAUCCCCGUCCCCUCGCUUCCCUCCGCGACGCCUCCAUCCGAGUAUGAAACGAAGCUGAACGCAUUGGUAACUGUGCUCAAGAAGAUACAAUCGCGGGAGCCCUCAGGGUGGCGCAGGGCGGAGAGGCGACGCGGGUGGCGCUGCAGAGGCGUCCCCACCCCCUCCGGGGACCGGGGCCCCGGAGCUGCCAGGCCCGCUGCACGCGGCGGCGCGGGAGAAACCACGGGACAGCAGCGCCCCCUGCAGGUACCGGGCGCCUCCACAGCCGCUGCGCCAACCCUACUCUUAAGGUGGCACCACCGGGUUCCCAGCCCGCGUGCGCGGCUCUUGUGGUCCGCAGCCUACAGCCCUGGCUCCAUCGGCAUGUCUCCCUCGAGCAGCGGGCCUGACCGUCUGGAACGGCCGGAGUGUGCUAAUCCCUGCUGCUAUCUGCUUGAUCCCUUGACCCUACCCCUGCAGGACUUCGUCCGCGGAUGCCCAGCUAGCGAUUUCGACAGGCGAGAUUGAAAAUUCCCUGCGAGUGUAUGAGGAUGCGUAAGUCUCGCUUCAGGGAGGAACGACCAGAAUGGCAUUUCUUUAAGCCUAAAUCAAAUUUUUAUUUUCGUUUAUAAAAAGCAGAAGGCCAGCAGGAAAGAGUCGCGGAGGAUUGGCACGACCACAACCGUAGGACUCUUGCAUACAAGUUUUUAGGGUGAGACUGGGCGGUCCGGGGUUCUCCUUCGGCGCUCCCAUCUCGCAAACUCGUGGGCAGGUGCAGUGCUAGAGGCCGGGGGCAACGGCGGACCCGCAGGGUAACCUCGUCUCGCGCACCUCUCGAGCCCCCAGCAGCAGCCCACUCUGUCCGCAUGCUUUGUUUAUUUGGUGACACCAGGGAAAGUGGAGAAGAUCGAAGUGCAGUUUUUCUUUUUUCUUUAUUUUUAACUGACUGGUAUUAAGUAAAUGGUAUGUGUAUGUGAACCCACAAUCUCUUGGAAAUAAGUGUCCUCAGCGAACUCCAGAUUUCUAGGGGAAACCUACGUGCCCAGAGCAGGAAACGCACAAGCCAAUCCAGGUUCCGGUGCCAUCCGCAGUAAAUUCCUUUCCUUUUGCUCCAAAUUCCUCCGCUGCUUCCAGGAGAGCGACCCCCGGGACUCCCGCACACCCAGGGCCGGGAGCGGCGGAGCAGAGGGCGGGUGCUAGGGCGCGGGGGAAGGGAGGCUGCCUGCGGACCUGGGGCGCGCAGUUUCCCAGCACCGUGGGAACCUCCAACCCCGGGGCUCUCGGCCUAGGCUCCGCCCUGCCAGGCCUGGGGCCUAGCGGCCCCCCUAGUGGGUCCUACCCCGGGGAAACCGAGUCUGCGAGCGGGUCUGGCCGCCGCGAGGGAAGCUCGCCUGGGCAAGUGCCCCGCGGGGUCAGACCCUCCCCAGGGGUUGCAAACCGCAAGCGAAAGUCGAGAGGGGCUGGAGCUUUUCCUCUAAUCCGUUUUACACUGUGAAAACCGCAAGCCUGUCGCCCAGGCGGCCACUUUUAAAUUGGGAAGCAAAUAGACGAAAAACCAAAACAAACGUAGGAGCAGACUUUUCCCAGCUAAGUUUCCCCUCAAUAAAAAGCUCGCUUUCUGGGAAAGAGAGAAACUGA